AUGGCGACAGCCGACGUGGCCCAGCCAGCAAUCCCAUCUCGAUCCCGAGUGGAGCCUGGCUCGCAUGACAUCCCGCUAGGCGUUCUACCCCGGACAAGCACUUCCACCCCCGAGAACCCUGACAGGAUCGCCAGCGAAAUAAUCACCAAGCUCAAUGAGAGCAUAGCGAAGAAGGACAGUGCUGCCGUUGCCGCACUCUUCCUCGACAACAGCUACUGGCGCGACCACCUCCUUCUCUCGUGGGAAUUCCGCACGGUCAAAGGAUCGGACCUGCUCUCUAAAUUCGUGGCAGGAAGCGCGGCCUCGAUCAAGCUCGGAAUUGAUCGUAGCGCACCACACAAGGCGCCGCAUAACGGCCCCAUUGACGCGUUUGGAGAAGUCCACGGAAUUGAGUUCUUCGUUACGGCCACCACGAACGUCGGCUCCGGAGUCGGGGUUGUCCGAUUGGCGCAGGAGGGAAGUGAUUGGAAGAUAUUCACUGCUUUCACGACCCUGCGAGAGCUAAAGGGGUAUGAGGAAGCCACAGGUCCACGCAGACCCAUCGGGGUACAGCAUGGCGCUUACCAGGGGCGCACGAACUGGCAGGAUCGUCGCAAUGCCGCGAUGAACUAUGAAAACGGGAAGGAGCCUGCUGUGAUGAUCGUCGGUGCCGGCCAAGGAGGCCUGACAGCCGCCGCCCGCCUGAAGAUGCUCGACGUCGACACCCUCGUGAUCGACCGCGAAGAGCGCAUCGGCGACAGCUGGCGCCACCGCUACCACCAGCUCGUGCUGCAUGAUCCGGUCUGGUACGACCACAUGCCCUACCUCAAUUUCCCCUCGCACUGGCCCGUCUUCACCCCCAAAGACAAGCUCGCCGAGUUCUUCGAGUCCUACGUCAAACUCCUCGAGUUGAACAAGCACUGGACCGUGACGGUGGAGCGCACGAAAGAAGACGGAAGCAAGGAAACGCGCACUUUCCACCCGCGCCACAUCAUCCAGGCCACCGGGCAUUCCGGAAAGAAGAACAUGCCCACGUUCAAGGGCCAGGAGACUUUCCAGGGCCGGCUGUGCCAUAGCUCCGAGUGGCCCGGCGCAGACGCAAACUCCGCCGGGAAGAAAGCGGUGGUUAUCGGGUCCUGCAACUCGGGGCAUGAUAUUGCGCAGGAUUACUACGAGCGCGGGCGCUGGGGGGAGAUUGCGAUGAAAGGGUUGUAUGAUGAGACGGGCCCGCCGACGGAGGAUGCGGAUACUUUCUUGUGGAGUGUGCCGCCGGAGCUGUUCAAGACGCAGCAGGCAAAGGUGACGAGAAAGAUUGCUGAGUUCGACGCGAAGAUCAUUGCUGGGUUGGAGAAGGCUGGCUUCUCGGUCGAUCAGGGUCCGAUGGACGCGGGUUUGCUGGUCAAGUACUUUCAGCGUGGAGGAGGGUAUUACAUCGAUGUGGGCGGCAGCCAGCUUAUUAUUGAUGGGAAGGUCAAGGUGAAGCAGGGACAGGAGAUCAGCGAGAUCUUGCCCCACGGCGUGCGGUUCGCAGAUGGCUCGGAACUGGAGGCUGAUGAGAUUGUCUUUGCUACGGGCUACCAGAACAUGCGAUCCCAGGCGCGCAUUAUCUUUGGCGACGAGAUUGCUGAUCGCGUUGGCAGCGUCUGGGGCCUGAAUGAGGAGGGUGAGUUCCGCACCAUCUGGAGUCGGAGUGGGCACUCGGGCUUCUGGUUUAUGGGCGGAAAUCUUGCUCUGUGCAGAUACUACUCUCGUCUACUGGCGUUGCAGAUCAAGGCCCUUGAAGCGGGGGUUGCUACAUACUAG